AUGCUAGUCUUCCAGAACAAUCAGAGAUGGGCAAUCAUCUCUGCCAUUCUCCUUGCCACCUCCAGACCAACGAUCGCAGACACAUCAAUUUACAGCAAAUGCCAAACUCCCACACCCAAUCCACUCACAGGGUGUCCUCCAAAUACUCUCUGGGUGUCCCAAACCGACUGCGCAGCUGAUUUUACCACAAUCCAAGGAGCCAUAUCCUCUCUUCCAGACAACAACACCAACUAUACGAUUCUCGUCAUGCCUGGGAUGUAUAUCGAGCAACUAAAUGUUACCCGAUCAGCUCCAUUGACCAUCCUUGGACAAACGCCAACUCCAAACGAACAGGGCGAUAACACCGUGACCGUGUAUUGGGCGUCUGCCAACUCGAACGGCAGAUUUACAGACAAUGCAUUCACAUCAGUUCUGACCGUAGCACCAAAUCUUGCUGCAAGUUUGACAGGCUCUGGAAAUACCGGGUACCCUGUGCCAGCAGAUACGCCCUUUGGCUGCAUUGACUUCCGUGUUUACAACAUUGACUUCAGAAAUGUGGCUACGGAAAUAAGUGCUGGCCCUUCUCUGGCAGUGAGCAUCAGCAGAGCAAAUGCAGGCUUUUACUUUUCGGGUUUCUAUAGUUACCAAGAUACCGUCUAUGUCGGCAAGCUGGGAAAUGCUUACUUCUACCGUAAUACCAUUGCUGGCCAAACAGAUUUCUUCUAUGGUUUUGGAACUGCCUGGAUCCAACACUCAUGGAUUCAAAUGAGAUCCUGCGGUGGCGGGGUCACCGCUUGGAAAGGAACGAACACGACUUUCGCAAACAAGUACGGCGUGUAUAUUUCCGACUCUUUCUUAAACGCAGCAAACAGCAGCAUAGCGCCCGCAAUGGUAGGAAAGUGCUAUCUCGGCCGGCCUUGGAACGCACAGCACCGAAGUGUUUACAUCAACACGUACAUGGAUGCGAGUAUCCGGGGUCAAGGGUACGAGAAAUGGAGCUCCAACCCUCUGACGGACAACUACAACAACUAUACCAUCAUGGCUGAAUACAAAUCCUCGGGGCUUGGUUUCAAUUUGACUGCUAGGAUUGCGGGGAACGUGACCCAAGAGUUUACAGCGGAUCAGGCGAGAGCGUACCGAACUCCAAAGGAUGUUUUCAUGAAGCCGGAUGGCUCGCAGUCUGACAUUUCUUGGAUUGAUCCAGCUGCAUAUAACUGGUGA